CCCCCCCCCCUUAGCCUUUCGGACUCAAUGCCUAUUGCGUUGUGCCACGUUCACUUUUGAGUGUGUUUAUAAAGAAGAGUCAUUAAAGGUUAACCUGCUUUUCUCAGUCAAGGCAGCUCCUUCUGCUAAAUCCAUCUCUCUUGCUAUGGCUGGCCUGAAUGUUUCCUUUGCCUUCUUUGUCUCAAUAGUGGCCAUUUGCGAGGUGGUCAGACAGAUUUCCAAGAGAUUUAUACCUCUUGGAGUGUAUCGCUGUCUUGCCGAAGAACUGGCCAGCUCAUUACAGUUGUGCACUUGCUGCCUUGAACUGAGGAUGCUGGUGGAGCUUGGUCCAUGGGGUGGUGGAUUUGGCCCUGAUGUGACGCUAACCCUCCUCUUCCUUCUCUUUUUGGUUCAUGGUUUCUCUUUUGGUGGGGCUUCUGGAAAUCCCAUGGUCUCUCUCCAAGAAUUCCUGAUCAUGGAGUCUUCCUUCGUGGCUACCACUGUGAAAAUUUUGGCUCAGUUUGCAGGCAUGGAGGCAGGUAGGAUUUUCACUAAGCUUUUCUGGUCCUGGGAGCUGACGGAUUUGCACCUCAUUCAGAAUCUGAUGGCUUUUGACUGCAGUUCCUCCAUCCAGACCUCUUUGUCCCAAGGCAUCUAUGUGGAAGGCGGGUGCUCUUUCUUUUUCCACCUUGUGGCACUCAAGUUCCAGCACAGCCAUGUGCUGUACAGAGUCCCCAUUGUGGCCCUGCUGGUGACUGUUCUGGCUUACACAGCUGGGCUUUCCACAGGAGCCUUUUACAACCCUGCCCUCGCCACAGCUGUUACCUUUCACUGCUCUGGGAACACCUUGCAAGAGUACAUCCAGGUUUACUGGCUUGGGCCCCUCACAGGGAUGCUUAUAGCCCUGCUCCUGUUCCAGGGGAACAUCCCAAGGCUCUUCCAGAAAAAUCUGCUUUACAACCAGAGAAGCAAAUACAAGACCCCCAAGGUGAAGGCAGUAUCUGUGCCUGCAGCUGUGGUCAAACAGAUAGGAGAAAGCAGCCAAGAAGAGCGGCAGCGAGCACGCCCAAGAGCUGAGUGACUGAGGUUAUUUUUGCUGCCCCGCCCAUCUCCUGCCCCACUCACAGGUUGGGGAGAGGGCACCCAGGCCUUUCCUCUCCACUGCCUCAAAAUGCAUAGCCCCACGUGGCCACAUGCUAGUGAUUUGCUAGAAGUGGUCCUUGGUGGCUUAGCUGUGCUAGCUGGGAGGGAAUGGGCAGUAGGACAUGCUGCCAUCAAGGACACAAGCCUAGGCCUCUUGGACGUGGACAGCAGCAGUGUCUUGGGCACAGGCCCAGAGUACCGCACUCCAUGAACAGAGCAUUUCUUCUCCUCCAUGCAGGUCCUCAGCUGCCAAAUGCCUUGUCCUUGCUCCAGCCUGUGUGGACCAGCCCGUCUCCCUCAUGUGGGCUGGGAGCCGGUGCCAACCUGCUCUUCCCUCCACUCCCCUCAGUGCACGCAGGCCUUCCUGCUCCUUGCCCUGUUCCUUAAGAGUUAGUCUUGGCUGCUGGUGCCAGUCAUCUCAGCACUGUGCCCACAUGUGAUGGCUCAGCCUUUGUGCAUGCACUGCUAGUACCAGAAGCUUUAAUGUUGGACUGGAAAGAAGAAAAAAAAAUGGAGGGGGAAACUAUUCAGUGGUAGAGGCUGAAGGAUCCCCUGGACCUCAUUCACCCUAGUAGUGCCUCACAAAAAGAUCCUUCCCUCUCAGCCAAGUGACAGUUUGGGGGCUGUUUACUGACCCAACCACCUCUGCUUGACCUGAUGGAGCUGAAAAAUAAUCAGGCAAGAUGAAAUGGAAUUAAGAAAACUACCACAGUCUGUCUUCUCCAGCAAACAGGGAGGGAAAGACUGCAGAAAGACCUGGAUAGGUUGCAGGGGUGGGCUAACAAAAACAGGAUGCGUUUCAAUACGGACAAGUGCAGGGUGCUGCACUUGGGCAGCAGUAACCAGCAGCACACUUAUAAGAUGGGGAAACUCCCUUCUUGAGAGCACGGAGGCAGAAAGGGAUUUGGAGUCAUUAUUGACUCCAAAAUGAACAUGGGCCGACAAUGCGAGGUCAUGGUUGGCAGGGCUAACCGGACCCUAUUGUGCGUCCACAGGUGCAUCUCAAGUAGGGCCAAGGAGGUGAUCCUCCCCCUCUACGCGACACUGGUCAGGCCACAGAUGGAGUACUGUGUCCAGUUCUGGGCACCCCACUUCAAGAGGGAUGUGGACAACAUUGAGAGGGUCCAGAGGAGGGCCACCCACAUGAUCUGGGGACAGCAGGGCAAACCCUACACUGAGAGGCUACGGGACCUGAACCUGUUCAGCCUUCACAAGAGAAGGCUGAGGGGGGACCUGGUGACCAUCUAUAAACUCACUAGGGGGGACCAGAAGGUUUUGGGGGAGACCUUGUUUCCCCUAGCGUCCCCUGGGAUAACAAGGAAUAAUGGCCACAAGUUGUUGGAGAGUAGGUUUAGAUUAGACAUCUGUAGGAACUACUUCACAGUUGGGGCGGCCAGGAUCUGGAACCAACUUCCAAGGGAAGUGGUGCUGGCUCCUACCCUGGGGGUCUUUAAGAAGUGGCUCAAUGGCUACCUGGCUUGGGAUCAUUUGAGCCCAGUUUUCUUCCUGCUGAGGCAGGGGGUUGGACUUGAAGAUCUACAAGGUCCCUUCCGACCCUACUUCUAUAAUUCUAUGAAACGGAUAUCUCAGUGGCUUCCAAAGGAGGGAACCCACCCUGAUGUUUGAGGGGAUGCUCGAAGCCCUCAGCACCACGAAACUCCCACAUCAGUCUGUAUUGCUGGGGGCUGAAAGAUGGCACUGGGCACUGAAUAAUGAUGUGGGACCUACUGUCUUGUGCCCAUUGCUUUUCUGUUCCUUUCUCCUGUUGCCUUGGCAAGGACCCCUGCCCAGGUAAUGGUUACUUGCAAGACAUAUUAAAUCCCAAGAUGAUAUUUUUCAGAGGACUGUAAGGUAUACACCAUUUUUAAUCAAAGAUGUGUCUAACUCCCCUAGGUUGCUUUAAACACCAACUCCCCAACUAGCUGGUAAGUACAGAAUGUCUCAAGUGCCGUUGAGAUGAUCAAGAACAUCAAUAAAUUAAUUCACAAUGUGAAAUAAUGGACAGUGAAAUGAUUACACUGAUCAGGAACUAGUCAGGUAAGGAUCAGAUAAAAAUUUAAAAUGACUUCACAGAAAAUGAAAUUUUUUGUUAACACAGGGCAAGAGAACUCCUCAAAGAAAGAAUUCAAAGAUUCAUAGAUUUCAAAAGUAGGAGGAGCAACUAUGAUACUCCGUGUGAUGCAAGAGGUCACAUUAGGCCAUAGAAUUUCACCCAUGUUUUCUUAUCAAGCUCAAUAAUUUGGUGUUGAACGAGAAGAGAUGUCUUUCUAAUAGACAGUCAAGCUUGAUUAAAAGAUUCCACAUAUGGAUGACUCUGCCAUUUCCUUGGUAAGCGUUUCCAGUGGCUUGUUACUCCCUCUGUCAAAAAUUGGCACAAUGGAAUGACCAUCAUGAACUAUGUAAUAGUUACGUAUUUUUCCAAAGUGAAAAUUCUGAUUUUUAUUAAAACUCUUGUUCUAAGUUGCUAAUAUCUAUAGGAAUUGAGUCCAAAACUGCCCUCUUGGAAGCAAACAUUUCACAUUGUAUAGCUGCUCAUAAGCUUGUAUUUUUCUAUAAAUUAGGGAUAAAUUGGUUUACUCAUUGGCCUGUGGUCAUUCCUCCUUUGACAUUGUGUCAAAGAAAAACAAAAAUCCAAUCUUUGCUUAUGUAACUUGGUAUGUAUUGGCAGCAGUUGGUCACUUGAAAAGAGAGGAUGAUGUUAUCAUUUCUUGUAACCAGAUUGCCACAUUCGAUUUAUUAAUGAAUCACAGUUUGCAGUAAAACAGACUGUACCAAAAUAUCCACGGCUCCUUUGUGUCUGAGGCACGCUGGAUUUGACAAGUUGUAAGACUAGUUCUUCUGUGUUGAUUUCCCUUCUGACAAGAGAUACUGAAAAAAACACUUAGCUCAACUAAGCCUCAAAUGUAGCUGGAUGUUGAGGUACAUAUGAGGUAUGUGACUCACAAAAGAUGUCUGCAGCAGCCUCUGUGCUGUGCCCAGGAGCCCUGAGGCAAAGCUGCUCCUUGUAGGCUGUUGGCUUAAACGGUAUUUAAAGGUUUGCUUUUAUGCAAAUUGGUUAUAGGUAUUGAUAUGUGUAUUUAGAAUGAUUCAAGAUGGGCAGCAGGGGUUAAUUGAUUUAUAAAGAGCUUGGGUCUCACACACAAAGUGUCUCGCAGCCCUGGAGACAGACAGGCUGUCUAACACAGCAAGGCCAAUGGAUGGAGACACAGCCUGAGAAUUAAGGGGGUAUGCCAUAAUACGAGAUCACAGCCUUCAAGGCAGACAGGUUAUCUAACACAACAAGGACAUGGAGUCCAGAAAACAGUCUGGGAACUGGGAGCAUAUACCAUACUGUCCCAUAACACAAGAUAAAGUGACACUAGCAACAAGGCCCCAGAGCAGGGGGGCCUGAGUCCUGGUUUUGGGGGAAUAGACCAAAUUAGGAGAAGGCCUGGAAAGACCAAAUUACUGUGUGCAUGUGAUAAGCUAUGUGGAUGUGUGACCACAGAGACAACCAACCAGCGAUAGCCAUGGAUGAAGUCAUCAGGAGGGAAGGAGAAUACGAAAGCAGAGACAGGGAGCGACCCUUUAUUACUCUCAUAUCCCUCCUUUUCAUUCUCCACCUGGGUCCCUCCCCAUCCCGCAGGAAGUGUCCCCGAGGCCACCAUGGACAGAGGGCAUAUCGCUAGCCUGUCUCAUCCAUCCCCUUGGGGGGUGGGGGGUGGGCCUUCGCAUCUCACCUCCAGGCUCAGAGAGAGCCUCAGAGUGGAGCCUGUGUCCUGGCCAGCUGCACUUUGACUCUGAUGACAGCCCUAGGCUUUGGUACAUAUAUAGAAUUGCUUGAUUGUUUGUAUUGCUUCUUUUCUGUUAUCACUGUGUAUCAAUAAAUUUGCCUAUUGUCGAAUGGAAAGGUCAUGCUCGGUCUGAGGAUGGAAUAAGCCUCUGGGUCCUAAAUCCAGAGUCAACAUAGGCCACAUCUCAAAAAGGAAGCAAUGCAGCUGCCUAAGGGGCACUCAAGUGCAUGCUAAUAAGAUCAUCCAGGAUGGAGAGCCUAGGAGUGGCACUGGACAUGUGCUUAGCAUUGCGAAAAUGCAACUGCCUGGCUUCAUUUUGGGAGUUAGUGGUUGCGCAGUGGGAGUGGGUGGAUGAGGUGGGGCAUGGAAGUGGCAUAGUCACUGUGGGAAGGGGGUGUGUAGCAGACUGCCACAUCAGACAUCUUUGCAACACUGAGUUUGAGGUAUGGGUGUUGAUGUGAUUAGGGCUAACAUGGACAGUCUUGUGUGCAUGUGACUGAUGCUAUCUGGCAUAUUUUAAAAUCACUGAGUUAAAAACAGGCCCUCUUCCCCUCCUACAGGUGAACAAGGGGUCUGUUGUGCCAACAAACAGCAAGUCACACUUAGAAAUUAAGUAACUUGUAUCCCUUUUAAAACAUUCUAGUUCUUGGAUUCUGCAUAUGUCAGUAUUCAGGUGUCUUUCACUCAAUAUAAAUGUAUUGCCAUGGGCUUUAUUCUGAGAUGCUUAUUGUUCCAGACCCCACCUAGCUACACACGUUACUUCAGCAGAGCUGAGAGUGAACUGAAGUCAGAAUUUCAUGAGCACUUGUGAUAUUUUUAUGAAUUGUUUUUCUUCCCAAAUUGGAGGAGGGAGAGAGGGAGGGGUCGAAACAUCAGUUUCUCAUUGAAUGAAAAUUCUAUUUAGAAAUGUUGAAAUAUUUCAUUCAUUGAUUGAAGCAAUAUUUUUGGCUGUUCUGAAUAAAACCAUUUCAAUCCCAUGAGUUCAACGCUGACAUAGAUUUCCCAGUGGUGCUCUUCAAGGGUAUGCUGCCUUGUUCUCUACUUGUCUGCCAGACUCCCGGGCCAGAACAUAUCUUCAUAUUAUACAGUUAUUAUGCGAGUCCCAUUGUGUAGCACAGAACUCAGUCUGUGGGUAGAUCACAGUGCUGUAUGGGUGUUGUCAGCUAGCCAAAGUGCCUAGCCCAUGCAAGAAAGUGAAGGCAUGAAACGUUCAAACUGCAGCUUCUGCGACUUAAUGCAAUACCAUUGGCAAAUGCCACUUAACAUUGAA